UCCUGAAAACAAACACCAUCCACUCGACACAGGCUAGAGAGAGAGAGGGCAUCUGCGAAAUCUGUCAUAGUUUGAAGCCUGAAAAAUCUGCCUUUGGGGACCGGACUGGCCUCACCCCUUCAUCCUCGCUGCUUCUUUGGGGCUCCCUUUUCGUGGACUCCGGCCAUGACUGGCCAAGGGCGAUAGUCCUGCCCCCGGUGAGGUCCCAACUCGGUCCCGGGGCUGAGGUAGAAAGGAGAACAGGAAGUGAGCGCGGGGGGCGGGAGGGCAAGCGGUGAGCCCAGCGUCCUCUCUGGAGCAACCUUAGUGCGAGGGGAGGAAGCGGGGCCGGGAGUCGCUCCAAAAGUGGCCGCGAUGGCUGCCGGGGGGUGCGCGCGAUCCGGGCUACGGCUGCCCGCGCUGCUGCUGCUGCUGCUGCUGCACAUUCUGCUGCAGCCCCGGACAGGGGGCGCGGCGGGCCCUGCGGCUGCGCGGUGGAGCGGGCCGGGCACCGUCCCGCACCUGCAGAGCAUCUUCCUGGGCCGCUGCGCCGAGUUCGUCGCGCUGCUGCGCCCUGAGCUGCGGGACAAGAACUGCACAGCCAUCUGGGAAGCCUUUAAAGUGGUGCUGGAUAAGGAUCCCUGUUCUGUGCUUCCCUCAGACUACGACCUUUUUAUUAACCUCUCCAGGCACUCCAUUCCCAGAGACAAGUCCCUGUUCUGGGAAAACAACCACCUCCUUGUUACCAGCUACACAGAGAACGGCCGUCGCUUUGUGUCCCUGUGCGACGUUCUCUAUGGCAAGGUUGGGGAUUUCUUGACCUGGUGUCGACAGAAAAAUGACUCUGGACUUGACUACCAGUCCUGCCCCACAUCCAAAGAUUGUGAAAACAAUCCUGUGGAUUCUUACUGGAAAAGUGCCUCCAUCCAGUAUGCAAAAGAGAGUUCUGGGGUGAUCUACGUCAUGCUGAAUGGUUCAGAGCCCACAGGAGCGUAUCCCGUAAAAGGGUUUUUUGCAGAUUUUGAAGUUCCCAACUUACAGAAGGAUAAAGUCACACGAAUUGAGAUCUGGGUUAUGCAUGAAAUUGGGGGACCCAAAUUGGAAUCCUGUGGAGAAGGCAGUGUGAAAAUCCUGGAAGAGAGACUGGAGAAAAUGGGUUUUCAGUACAGCUGUAUUGAUGAUUACCAACCCGUGAAGCUCUUAAAGUGCGUGGAACACAGCAGUCAUCCUGACUGUGCCUUAAAUUCGGCAGUGGCAUCUGCGCAAAGAGAAGUCCUGUCCCUUUACACAGAACAAAGUGUCAGCUUUAUCUUUCCUCUCUUAGUGGCUUUGGCUUCAGUUGCUCAGAUGUAAUGAGAAACUCAGCUAUGCUGCCCUAAGCAGCCUGCAGACCUCAGACCCGCUUUUGCAGGUCAUCCGUCUGUUUCUGUGUACACCACCUGACUCCAGUGUCUAAGGAAGCUCCCUGCUGGAAAAAAACAGUGUCCUGAAAUGGGUUUUUAAUGAUAUACACACUUAGGAUUUCAGAAAUUAAUCUAGUUGUAUUUCACCAGUUAAAACUACUGCAUUAGAAUUAAAGCUAGUUACUAUUUUCUUAUUUUCAUAACGAUACAAUACACUGAGACCUAUACUGUUUGUUAUAUAAUCAGACAUUUUAAGAAAAUUCUAGAACUCUAUAUGUAUAUAUUUUUUAUAUUUCCUUAUACCACCAGCAGGACACACUGCAUGUUUGUGGAUAGCUUCAAACAUAUGUGUCCAAUAUCAGUGCAUAUAUACAUGUUUGGUAGGUGAGUUAUGUAUAAAGAUGUUCUAGGAGUUUCCGUGUGGCUCAGUGAGUGGGUUAAGAAUCCAGUGAUGUCUCUGCAGUGGCUCAGGUUGCUGCUGUGGAACAGGUUCGAUCCUGGAUUCAGUUCACGUGCUGCAGGUAUGGCCAAAAAAAUGUUCUGAGGGGGAACUAAAAAUUUUAAUACUAGGGAACUCUUUGCAUAUGGCUUGGUAUAUCUGUAGGUUGGAGUAUCAUUCAGAUAGGAAAAGUCACAUUUACCAAUGCAAAUGUCCUUCAACUGGUGAGUGGAUGAAGUAAUUUGUAAGCUUAUACAGUGGAAUAUGACUCAGCAAUAAAAAUACCCAGCUAUGGAUAAA